AUAUCCAAUUAAUUUGAACUCCUUGCACCUGAACAAUAACAAUUUGUCUGGACCAUUUCCAUCUAUCUUAAGGAAUUCUAAAAAAUUAAUUGUUCUUGAUCUUGGCGGGAAUAGAUUUUCUGGUGAAAUACCAAAAUGGGUGGGAAGGAGCUUUCCAUUGCUAAAGAUUCUUCGUUUGAGCUCAAACUCAUUCCAUCAUUCUAUUCCGGCAAAUAUAGGAAAUUUUACUUUCCUCCAAGUUUUGGAUCUUUCAUCCAACAGUCUUAUUGGCAGAAUGGCAGUAUACCAUCAACUAUUGAAAAUUUAAGUUUUAUGGGUGUGAAACAAAACUACACUCAUAAUCUAUUGCGUUUUAGUGGUGACUCUUCUGGUUUUCAUGGAUGUGAAUCUUGUGGCUAUUUUUCUAAUGGUGACAUGGGCUAUAUCCUUGAUGAUAACAUUAAAAUUACUGCAAAAGGGUCAACCAAUGAAUACACUAAAGCGCUUAGUGCGGUGGCAAGCAUAGACUUGUCAAACAAUGAGCUUUCUGGAGAAAUUCCAAAAGAGAUUAUUAAGCUGCAUGGAUUGUGCUUCCUCAACUUAUCCAACAAUCAUUUGACAGGAAGGAUUCCAGAAAAUAUUAGUGCCAUAACAGAAUUGGAGUCUCUUGACUUAUCGAUGAACCAUCUUACAGGAGAAAUUCCUUCCAAACUGUCUUCUUUGAACUUUCUCAGUUUCUUGAAUAUCUCCUACAACAACUUGUCAGGAAGAAUCCCAAUAGGCGGUCAAUUUUCAACCUUCAAUGACUCCAUCUACGACGGCAACAAGGGCCUUUGUGGUGUGCCACUUCCAGAGUGUCCCAAUGAUGACGUUAAUCAUUCACCAUCUCAAAUAGAAGAAAAUGAAAAAGGUGACAAGCUUGAAACAAUUUUGAAUUAUACCUUCAUUGUGAUGGGGUUCAUAGUUGGUUUUUGGGCAUAUUUUGGCAUGGUUAUCAUGAAAAAGUCCAUAAAGGUUACUCUCUUUCAAUUGGCGGACAAGAUGUAUGAUUGGAUAUACGUACAACUCUCGCUGAGGAUUGCAAAGCUGAAUAUGAAGUGGCAAAAAUGAACUUAAGCCCUUGAACUUUCAAGUAGUGAAGAGGGAUUGCUUCCUUUUAUAUAUAGUUGGUCAUAUUUAGUUGUGAAUGCUUUUGUGUAUUAAGAAAGUUGUGGUGUGAAUGUUAUUGUGUAUGAUGAAAGUGCGCUGCUAAAGUUGAAACUAUAAAAGCUGAAACUCGCAUGGUUUAAUGAUGUUAUUCUAUCA